AUGCUGAAGUCCUGUCUCACGACUUACUUUGCGUUCGACGGAAAAAUCUACGAACCGGUGAUGGGCAAACCAAUGGGUUCGUCGAUUUCGGGAUUCAAAACCGAGGUGGUCCUACAACGGUUGGAGUCACUGGCUUUCCGACACCACAGACCAAAAUUCUGGGUUCGGUGUGUGAAUUAUACCUUCGUCGUCAUCGAACGGCAUCAGGUGCUGGUAUUCGAAGAAUAUCUCAGAGCCUUCUUCCCAGACAUUCAGUUUACACUGGAGGAGGAAGAACACAAACGGCUGGCCUCCGUGGAUGUCCUCGUCUGUCACAACGAUUGUGGUGACCUAAAGAUCAAGGUUUAG